UCGAUGUUAAGGUCUUCCUCAUUUAGAAAAGGGUAUGUGGCUGUCUUUGUAUGUUUUACGACAAAGGCAGUACACCUAGAGCUAUGUUCCGAUCUGACUACUGCGGCUUUUCUUGCAGCAUUUGCACGAUUUGUCGGACGACGUGGAUUUCCUUUAAAAAUUAUGAGCGACAAUGGAAAAAACUUUGUCGGAGCUCAAAGAGCCACAGAAAGGGAGUUUUUACAAUUCAGCCAAGAAGUAGCCCCUGAAAUUGUCAAAAAAUAUGCACCCCAAGGGAUCGAUUGGCAAUUCAUACCACCAUGUUCUCCACACAUGGGCGGACUUUGGGAAUCAGCAGUAAAAAGCUUCAAAUUCCAUUUAAAGAAAACGGCAGGUAACCAUAAGUUCAAUUAUGAGGAGUUUACCACACUACUCGCUCGUAUCGAAGCCGUUCUUAACUCUAGACCUAUCUCACCACUCUCGCAAGAUCCCUACGACUUCACAGCCUUAACCCCAGGGCAUUUUCUCAAAGGAGCACCCAUUCUGGCCAUACCUGAGCCAGGCGUGGAGUCGCUAUCCUUAUUAAACAGAUGGGAACGAAUUAAAAUUCUCCAUCAUGAUUUCAGCCGUAGAUGGAAGGAAGACUAUAUCAAGGACCUCCACAAGAGAUACCGCUGGAAAGUUCAAGGAAAAGAACCAAAACUUGGAGAUUGUGUCCUUAUACAAGACGAUUGUCUCCCACCUUCGGAAUGGCGACUUGGACGCAUAAAGCAGCUUCACUACAGCUCCGACGGUCAUGUUCGAGUAGUUGAUCUCCGCACCCAAACCGGAACGCUAACCAGACCGCUCGUCAAAUUAUGCUUUCUGCCAAACGCCGAAGAUAAAGAAACAGCAAUAUGGACGUAGAAAUGGCAUCACCAUCAACGCCAACUAUGCGUUCGGUUGUUCCCGCUCCGCGCCCUGGAACUGCCCCAAUCGCAGCACGCCGGACCACCAUUCCAACCGCCGUGCCUCAACCAACAACAG